UGCCUGCUGCCCCCGAAGAAGAAAAAACAAACACCUGCCAUGACCGCCUCUUCGAACUGGUACGGAACCGGACACAUUACCGGGCAUGUUCGUAGGACAGAAUGCAGAUGUAUUAGCAGGCAUACCAGGACCGGGCCAAGGAAAGCGGAGGGAAUAGGGAUUUUUGCAUCAAUGAAGGCAGGAGUAGCAGCGCACCAUUGGAACCGGGUCCUGUUCUUGUUUAUGGGGCUACUGGCAGCCUCAACCUCGGUUAAGGCUCAGAACUGCAGUUAUACUCUCCAGAACCCCAACGGUACGAUAGAGAGCCCUGGCUACCCGUACGGUUACCCCAACUAUGCCAACUGUACGUGGGUGAUCCUGGCAGCAGAACACAACAGGAUACAGCUGGUGUUCCAAGGUUUCGCUCUAGAGGAAGACUUCGACAUGCUGUCUGUCUACGACGGUCCGCCCAGCCCGGGGAACCUUAGGACCAGGUUGACGGGGUUCCAGCUGCCCUCGCCCAUAGUGAGCACAGGACCCAGGCUAACACUGUGGCUGCUGUCUGACUAUGCUGUCAGUGGACAAGGCUUCAAGGCCAUCUAUGAAGCUCUACCUAGUUAUACCUGUGGUAACCCAGGCCAGCUGGUCAACGGUCUUCAACAGGGCUCAACCUUUAACAUUGGAGAGAAGAUCAGGUACAGCUGCAGCCCCGGCUACGUGUUGGAGGGUCACACCACGCUGUCCUGUCUGGCUACGUCUACUGGGACCGCAGCAUGGGACUUCCCCCUGCCCUACUGCAGAGCGGAUGACGGUUGUGGGGGAACGUUACGAGGCCAGAGCGGUGUGAUCACCAGCCCCAACUACCCAGGGGAGUACAGCAACAAUGCAGACUGUACCUGGACCGUCCUGGCUGAGCCUGGAGACACCAUCGCCCUGGUCUUCUCUGACUUUACCCUGGAGGACGACUAUGACCUGCUGGAGGUUAGCGGCACAGACGGCUCCUCUCAGUGGUUCACUGGUCCUAACCUACCAUCUCCCAUACUCAGCAGUAAGAACUGGCUAAGACUACACUUUACCUCAGAUGGAAACCACAAGCUGAGGGGAUUCAGUGCCCAGUACCAAGUGAAGAAGAUGACAGAGCUGAAGUCCAGAGGAGUCAAGAUGAUGCCCAGUAAAGACAAUCAUCACAAGAUAUCAGUGUUGUCUCAGAUGGGUGUGGCCCAGGGACAUAACAUGUGUCCAGACCCGGGGAUCCCUGACCGAGGGAGAAGAAAAGGAUCAGACUUCAGGCGGGGAACCACGGUGUACUUCUCCUGUGAUGAGGGUUACGAGCUGCAGGGCUCUAAGAGCAUCAGCUGCCUGAGAGUCACAGACAGCUACGUAGGCUGGAGCGACGACCGACCCAUCUGCAGAGCUCCGAUGUGUGGUGGUCAGCUGAGAGGCCCUAACGGUAUCAUCGCGUCACCAAACUACCCUGUCCAGUAUGACAACAAUGCUAACUGCACCUGGUUCAUCACCGCUACAGACACCACCAAGGUGAUCAAACUGACCUUUGAGGACUUUGACCUGGAGCGUGGUUACGAUACGUUGACGGUUGGAGAUGGAGCCGUGGUCGGAGACCAGAAGACCGUCUUUCACGUCCUAUCAGGGACCACUACUCCAGACCUGGUGGUCAGCACCAGUCAUCAGAUGUGGCUGAACUUCAAGACUGACGACACCAGUGGCUCUCAGGGCUUCAAGGUCUCUUAUGGAGAGAUUGACCAGGGCAGCUGUGGCGACCCAGGGAUACCAGCCUACGGCAAGCGGGAGGGGACAGGUUUCCGCCACGGGGACAAGCUCCAUUUUGAGUGUCUCCCUGCGUUUGAGUUGGUGGGAAAGAAGAACAUCACCUGCCAGAAGAACAACCAGUGGUCAGCCAAGAAACCCAGCUGUGUCUUCUCGUGCUUCUUCAACUUCACAACCCCCUCUGGGGUGCUGCUGUCCCCUAACUACCCCCAGGAAUAUGGAAACAAUAUGCACUGUGUGUGGCUCAUCAUCACCAAGCCAGAGAGUAGGAUUAACCUGGCCUUCAAUGACCUCAGCAUGGAGAAGCAGUUUGACUUCCUCAGCGUCAAAGACGGUGGCAAGGCUGAGUCUCCCAUCCUGGGUACGUUCUCUGGUGACGUGCUGCCAGCUCCCAUCACCACCAGCGCCCACGUGGCACGUCUAGAGUUCCUGACCGACCACACCUACACUGAUCGGGGGUUCAACAUCACCUUCACCACGUUCCGCCACAAUGAGUGUCCAGACCCGGGGGUUCCAGUGAAUGGGAAGAGGUUUGGCGAGAACCUUCAGCUGGGCAGCUCCAUCUCCUUCCUGUGUGAGGAGGGCUUUGUGAAGACCCAUGGCUCCCAGACUGUCUCCUGUAUCCUGAAGGAUGGAAACGUGGUCUGGGACAACGCUGUGCCACGCUGUGAAGCUCAGUGUGGGGGUGAUCUGAAGGCUCCUAGUGGAAUCAUCCUGUCCCCUGGUUGGCCAGAGCUCUAUAAGGAGGCCCUUAACUGUGAGUGGGUCAUCGAGGCUCCGCCAGGAUACCCCAUCAAGAUCGUGUUUGAUAAGUUUCGUACUGAGGUAAACUAUGACGUGCUGGAGGUGCGUGAUGGGCGGUUCCCCUCCUCACCUCUGAUUGGUAGCUACCAGGGUACCCAGGUGCCCCAGUUCCUCAUCAGCACCUCCAACUUCCUGUUCCUCCUCUUCUCCACCGACAAGAGCCACUCGGACAUCGGCUCCCUGACUGAACAUCCACUACUGACUCUACAGCUACAGUCAGAUCACUGUGUCGACCCUGGCAUCCCCGUCAACGGCCAACGCCAUGGCAACGACUUCUACGUGGGUGCCUUGGUAACGUUCAGCUGUGACGCCGGGUACUCCCUCAGCGACCCGGAACCCCUGGAGUGUGAACCAAACUUCCAGUGGAGUCGACCCCUGCCCAGCUGUGAUGCGUUGUGUGGAGGUUAUAUUCAGGGUAACACCGGUACCAUCCUCUCUCCUGGGUUUCCUGACUUCUAUCCUCACAACCUCAACUGCACCUGGAUGAUAGAGUCCUCCCACGGCAAAGGUGUCCAGUUCACCUUCCAUACAUUCCACCUAGAGUCUCCUCAUGACCACCUGUUGGUGACAGAGAACGGCAGCUUCCCCGAGCCCCUGUGGAGACUAACGGGCUCAACACUACCCCCCACACUCAGUGCAGGCCUGUAUGGGAACUACACCGCUCAGAUACGCUUCCUCUCAGACUUCUCUGUCUCCUACGAGGGAUUCAACAUCACCUUCUCAGAGUAUGACCUGGAGCCUUGUGAAGACCCCGGCGUUCCUCCCUACAGCACCCGUAAGGGGUUACAGUUCGGGGUGGGGGACGCGCUCAUCUUCUCCUGUUUCCCUGGUUACCGUCUGGAGGGGCCGGCGAGGGUGACGUGUCUGGGGGGGCGGAGGAGGGUGUGGAGCUCCCCUCUGCCAAGGUGUGUUGCUGAGUGUGGAUCCUCAGUGACUGGCAUGCAGGGAGUGCUGCUGUCUCCUAACUACCCAGGUUACUAUGGGAACCACCACGAGUGUAUCUACUCUAUACAGACCCAGCCAGGCAAAGGCAUCCAGCUCCGAGCACGAGACUUCAGACUGGAGGACGAUGACAUGCUCAAAGUGUUUGAUGGUAAUAGUAACCAGGCCCGUCUGUUGGGUGUUUUCUCUGGGACUGAGCUGCAGGACAACACUCUGAACUCCACAUCCAGCUCCAUGUGGUUGGAGUUCAUCAGCAACGCAGAGAACACCAGCAAGGGCUUUCAGUUACACUUUACUAGUUUUGAUCUGUUGAAGUGUGAGGACCCGGGUGUUCCUCAGUUUGGUUAUAAGAGAGAAGAUAAGGGUCACUUCGCUGGCAGCACCGUGUGUUAUAGCUGUGACCCAGGAUACACCCUGAAGGGACCCCAGAUCCUGACCUGUUUGAGGGGGGAGAGGAGAGCCUGGGAUAGCCCCCUGCCCCAAUGUGUUGCGGAGUGUGGGGGAACAAUCAGGGAUGAGACUACAGGUCGUAUAUUGUCUCCAGGUUACCCAGCUCCUUAUGAACAUAACCUGCACUGUGUCUGGAGCAUCGAAGCAGCCCAGGGAAGCACCAUCGGUCUCCACUUCCUGGUAUUCCAUACGGAGGAGGUUCACGAUGUGUUGCGCAUCUGGGACGGUCCCCAGGAUGGAGGGGUCCUCCUGAGGGAGCUCAGCGGAUCGACCCUUCCGCCUGACGCCCACAGCACCUUCAACGCAGUCAGCCUCCAGUUCACCACCGACUUCUUCACAUCCAAACAGGGCUUCGCUCUGCAGUUCUCUGUGUCUACUGCUACGUCGUGUAACGACCCAGGUCUGCCCGCCAACGGGACCCGCAGUGGGGACAGCAAGGAGCCCGGAGACCAUGUCCUGUUCCAGUGUGAUCCCGGUUACGUCCUUCAGGGGGCCACCAAGAUCACCUGCACAGAGAUCAACAGCCGCUUCUUCUGGCAGCCUGACCCCCCCACCUGCACAGCUCCGUGUGGGGGGAACCUGACGGGCCCCACUGGGCUGAUCCUGUCCCCAGAGUACCCCGAGCCGUACCCCCACGGACGAGAAUGCGACUGGACCGUCUCUGUCACUCCCGACUACGUCAUCGCACUCAAUUUCAACCAAUUCAGUCUGGAGCCCAGCUAUGACUUCCUCCAUAUCUACGACGGUCCUGACUCCCUCCACCCUCUGUUGGGGAGUUUCUACGGUACUGACGUCCCCGACCGCAUCGAGAGCAGCUCCAACACACUCUUCCUCGCCUUCCGCAGCGACGCAUCGCUCAGCAGCAACGGCUUCAUCCUGCAGUACACAGAGAACCCUAGAGAGUCAUGCUUUGAGCCCGGGGUGGUGAGGAACGGUACCAGGGUUGGAGCUGACUUGAAGCUGGGUUCAACCACCACCUACUACUGUGAUAGUGGAUAUACUCUGGAGGGAGACCCCACCUUGACCUGCAUCAUGGGGUCAGACAGCAAGCCCUCCUGGAACAAACAAAAACCCAUCUGCAUAGCUCUGUGUGGAGGGCAGUAUUCAGGGUUGGAGGGUGUGGUCUUGUCUCCCGGUUACCCUGGUAACUACAGCAGUGCCCGGACAUGUCUGUACGCGGUGACCGUGCCCAAAGACUACGUUGUUUUCAGCCAGUUUGCGUUCUUCCAGACGGCUCUGAACGAUGUGGUGGAGAUCCACGAUGGGGCCACGCAGCACGCCAGGGUCCUCAGCUCCCUGUCUGGAACACACACAGGCCACUAUGAGGGAACCUCUCACAUCUCCUGCAUGCCAGGGACGGUCAGGCGAUGGAAUUACCCUCCUCCACUCUGCAUCGCUCAAUGUGGAGGAAUCCAGGGGGAGAUGGAAGGCAUGAUCCUUAGCCCUGGUUUCCCUGGCAACUACCCUAGCAACAGUGACUGUACCUGGAGAAUCUACCUGGCUGUGGGAUACGGAGCCCACGUCCAGUUCUUAAACUUCUCCACCGAGGCCAACCAUGACUUCCUGGAGAUUCGGAACGGGCCCCUGGAUACCAGCACUGUGAUUGGUCGAUUUAGUGGACAGGAUGUCCCGCCUUCCCUUCUCACCACCUCCCACGAGACCACAGUGUAUUUCCAUAGCGACCACUCCCAGAACAGGCCAGGCUUCAGGUUUGAGUACCAGGCCUAUGAGCUUAAUGAGUGUCUGGACCCAGAGCCGUUCCGUUACGGCGUGGUGGUGGGGGCAGGCUACAACGUGGGCCAGUCCAUUUCCUUUGAGUGCCUCCCCGGCUACCAGUUAAUGGGACAUUCCAUCCUGACCUGCGAACACGGGACCACACGCAACUGGGACCGCCCCUUCCCUCGCUGUGAAGUGCCUUGUGGGGGUAACAUCACGUCAGACAACGGGACUAUCUUCUCUCCUGGUUAUCCGGAGGAGUACCCCAGCUCUGCUGACUGUACCUGGCUGAUCACUGUAGCAACAGGCCUGGGUGUCAGACUCAACUUUACCCUACUGCAGGUCCAUGGGCCACAUGACUUCAUCACUGUCUGGGACGGCCCCCAGGUGACAGCCAGGAAGCUAGGUGUGUUUAUGGAAGGAGAGCCCAACGAACCAGCCAGCAGCACGUCCAAUCAGAUCCUGGUGCGUUUCCGUAGCAACACAGAGAAAGGUGGACUAUUCCAAAUCAACUAUCAAGCAUAUAGACUCCAGUUCUGCCUGCCCCCUAUCAUACCCAAUGCUGAGAUCUUAAUGGCCAGCAAGGAAUUUAAAAUUGGUGACAUAGUGCGUUACAGGUGUCUACCAGGGUACCAGUUGAGUGGGAACAACAUUCUGACCUGUCGUCUGGGGACUCACCUGGAAUUUCAGGGACCUCCUCCCUCCUGUGAAGUGACGUGUCCCAUGAACGAGGUCCUAACAGCCUCCACGGGUGUCAUCAUGAGCCAGUCCCCCGGUAGCGGCUUCCCUCACUUUGAGUCCUGUUCCUGGGUGGUCAAGGUAGAGCCGGGCUACAACAUCACGUUUACUAUACAACACUUCCAGACCAGCCGGCAGUUUGACCAACUGGAGAUCUUUGACGGUCCGUCCAGACAGAGUCCUCUCCUGGUCACUCUAAGUGGAAACUACUCCUCUCCUCUCAGCAUCACCAGCUCUAACAACAAGGUCUACCUCCACUGGUCCUUCGACCACACCACCAGCCACAAAGGCUUCCGCAUACAAUACUCAGCGUCAUACUGCAGCUCUCCUAGCAACCCUCUCAAUGGAACAGUCCACAGUCAGACUGGCACCAAGCUAGGCAGUACCCUGCGCUUCAGCUGUGACCAGGGCUUUCGUCUGAUUGGCCAGAGCAGUGCCACCUGCACCCGCACCAACCAGGGGAUCUACACAUGGAACGCACCUGUACCUCUCUGCCAAGUGAUGGCCUGUGGGAUGCCUAAACCUCCAGUCAACGGUAGUAUAGUCGGGCAGGACUUCACUCUUGGUGCCAGGGCCAUGUACCAGUGUAACCCUGGCUUCAGAUUGGCCAGUCCCCUUGCCGUGUCAGUCGUCUGUCAGUUGUCUGGGAGGUGGAGCCCCAAUGAGGCCCCGCCCCGCUGCAUACCGGUGACCUGCCCUGACGUCGGCCACGCUGCGGUGGAUCACGGGAGAUGGAGGUCGAUCUACGGGUCUCAGAGCCAGUACGACGCCAUGAUGAUGCUCGUCUGUGACCCCGGAUACUACUACAAGGGUCAGAGGGUGAUCCGUUGCCAGGCCAACAGCACCUGGGACUACCCAGAGCCCCGGCCGGCCUGCGAGAUAAUCUCCUGUGGGGACCUGGGCACUCCUCCGAAUGGUAAUAAGAUCGGGACUCUGACGGUGUUCGGAGCGACAGCCAUCUUCUCCUGUAACACAGGCUAUACGCUGGUUGGUUCCCGGGUCAGAGAGUGCAUGUCCAAUGGCCUCUGGAGUGGAUCUCAGGUCCAGUGUCUCGCGGGUCACUGCGGUACCCCAGAACCAAUAGUGAAUGGUCAGAUCAUAGGAGAGAACUAUAACUACAGAGGUAGUGUGGUCUACCAGUGUAACCCGGGAUUCAGACUCAUCGGGGUGUCUGUACGCAUCUGUGAACAGGACCACCGCUGGUCUGGGCGCACCCCUGUCUGUGUCCCAAUCACAUGCGGUCACCCGGGCAACCCUACCUUUGGCGUUACCCAGGGAACACAGUUCAACCUGAACAGCGUGGUGCACUUCCUGUGUCACUCUGGGUACAUCCUGCAGGGGGUGGUGGAGUCUCUCUGCCAGUCCAACGGACAGUGGAGCAACACCCUACCCAAGUGUAAAAUUGUGAACUGCACAGAGCCAGGUCAUGUGGAGGACAGCGUCAGACAGGUGACGUCUGAGGGCCCUGGUCGUUACAGCUUCCAGACCGCCGUGUCCUACCGCUGUAACCCUGGUUACUACCUACUGGGAACCGGCACUCUGUCCUGCCAGGGAGACGGCACCUGGGACAGAACACUGCCCAAGUGUCUGUUGGUGUUGUGCGACCGUCCCAGCAUGCCCCCUUACGCCCAGAUCUCUGGUGACCGUCGGACGGUGGGUUCGGUGAUUCGGUUCAGCUGCAUUGGACAGAGGACGGUGAUCGGUAACACAACACGCACGUGUCAGCUGGGUGGACAGUGGAGCGGCUCGUUACCACACUGCUCUGGAGAGUCGUCUGGUCUGUGUGGGGAUCCAGGUAUCCCAGGCCACGGUAUCAGACUAGGAGAAGACUUCUCAGUGGGCAGUGUGGUGGGGUUCAGCUGUGAACAGGGAUAUGUCCUACGAGGUUCCUCAGAGAGAACAUGCCAACCCAACAGCACCUGGGUGGGCACACAGCCAGAGUGCCAUGUGAUCUCCUGUGGGAACCCAGGAACACCCCGUAACUCCCAGAUCCUGUCUCAUGAUGGCCUGGUGUUUUCCCGCUCCAUCACCUACACCUGUCGAGACGGUUACUACUCCAACGGACUGCUCACACGUCACUGCACGGUUAACGGGAGCUGGACCGGGAGCAUGCCUGAGUGCACGGUGAUAAUGUGUGGAGACCCAGGUGUGCCAGCUAAUGGUUUGAGGCUGGGCAGUGACUUCACCUAUAACAGCACUGUGAGUUUCCAGUGUGCCCCAGGAUUCACUAUGGACGCUGAUCGCGCUUCAACCCUGGUCUGCACUAAGGACCGCACAUGGAACGGGACCAAGCCGCAAUGCAAAGCUAUAGUGUGUACGGCCCCUCCUCCCAUCCCUAACGGCCAGGUGGUUGGAACAGACUUCACCUGGGGCAACAGCGUUAGUUACGCUUGUAACCAGGGUUACCAGCUCUCCCUGCCCACCGUGCUCAUCUGCCAGGGAAAAGGCAUCUGGAACGGAGAUAAACCACAGUGCUUCCCUGUGUUCUGUGGAGACCCAGGUGUCCCGGCCCAGGGGAGAAGGGAGGACCGUGGGUUCACCUACCUCUCCUCUGUCUCCUUCUCCUGCUCUCCUCCUUUGGUGUUGGUGGGUUCAGCCAGACGAUACUGUCAGUAUGACGGCAUCUGGAGCGGCACGCAGCCCUCCUGCAUAGAUCCCAGUCACACCACCUGCGGAGAUCCUGGAACCCCCCUGUUUGGAAACCAGAACAACACCCAAGGCUAUCAGAUCAGCAGUACAGUAUUGUUCAGCUGUAGGAAGGGCUACCUGCUACAAGGCUCCACAACACGUACCUGUCUACCCAACCUGACCUGGAAUGGCUUCCAACCAGAGUGUAUAGCCCACCACUGUAGCCAGCCAGAGAUGCCCACCCAGGUGGAUGUGUCUGCCAUAGAGUUGCCGUCUCUAGGUUACACCCUGAUCUACACCUGUCAGACAGGGUUUUACCUGGCUGAGGGGUCAGAACACAGAACCUGCCGUGGCGACGGGAGCUGGACCGGGAAGCAACCUGUCUGUGCUGCUGAUAUCCGUCCCAGUGGGAAGACAGUGGGGACAGUCCAGGAGCCACCCAACCCCAAACUACCAGUCCCGGUUGGUGUGUUUGCUAAGAACAGCCUGUGGAGAGGAUCUUAUGAGUACCUGGGGAAGAAGCAGCCGGCCAUGCUGAGCAUUACCUCCUAUGAAGCCUUCAACCAGCGAGUUAAUGGAACUCUCAUCGACCACAGUGGGGUGGAACUCAAACUGGCUGGUACCUAUAAAAGAGAGGAGUCUCAGCUCCUGCUGCAGGUGCAUCAGAUCAGAGGUCCUGUAGAGAUCUUUGUCAACAAGUUUAAGAUGGAUAACUGGGCCCUCGACGGACAUGUGUCCUACAUUGCCUCAUCUAGUUCCUUUGUGUACCAAGGAUUCGUCCGAGGAAAAGGAUUCGGACAGUUUGGCCUUCAAAGACUAGAGAGUUUAGACAGGAUCCGGGAGAACCCCCACUUCCCCCCCAACAGCAGUUCAGUGGCAGCAGCCAUCUUAGUGCCGUUCAUAGCCAUGAUCAUCGCGGGCUUCGCUCUGUACCUCUACAAACACAGGAGAAGACCUAAGGUACCGUUUAACGGCUAUUCAGGCCAUGAGAACACUAACGGUAGAGCUACGUUUGAGAACCCCAUGUACGACCGCAACAUCCAGCCCACCGACAUCCUGGCCAACGAGACAGAGUUUACAGUCAGCACAGUGUGCACGGCCGUAUAGCCACUGUUUCCU